AUGUCAAUCUCAGCCCAGAAUCCACCUAUUCUUCCUCCGCGGAAGAUCUUGGUCGUCGUGACCGCCGGCGGAUCAACAAACUCCGCUCCCAUGUUUGAGGUCUGCCAUUAUCUUCACCAACGGGGCCAUACCAUCGAGUUCGCUACUUUUGCCGGCCGGGAGGCGUACGCGAAUUCCUACCCUUUCGUGUCCGCCACACACGUAGUCGGUCGUGCAAUCACUCCCGAGGAGGAAGACAAGCUCUAUGUUCAGUUCAGUGAAUGGAGCUGGAGUGGGAAGGGUCUCAGAAACUGGAUAGAAGGGAAGAAAUUCUUCGAUUCCUUCUGGUCAGAGACAUACGACAACCUCAAACUCGUCAUCGAGUCAACGCAGCCAGACUUCCUCUUCGCCGACUUCCACGUCGACGCUGCCCGCGACAUGCAGAGAGAGUAUAACCUGCCUCUGGCUACAAUGUGGCCCCAGUGGCCGUACUUCAUGUGCCCUGUUCCAUACAUCCCUGGGCGAGUAGGCUUGGAACCGCGAGUUCAAACCAGCGAACAUGCAAGCAUGUGGGAUCGCUUCAACCAGGACAUCUAUCUGCUCAAGCAUCCCAUAGCGUUCGCCGAUCUAUUCCUUACCACCAGAAAGAUGCGCGCACAGAAGGGCCUCGGCAUGCUGCCCAUGCUGCCUAAACCGGACCACCUUGUUCUCGUCAACUCGUUCGUUGGUCUCGAGACCCCCAAGGAGACGCCUCCGUUGCUUCAUGCCAUUGGGCCCAUCCUCUCAGACCAAUACGCACCACUCGAUGAUGGCCUCUUACAAUUCUAUUCCACGCACGGGAGAACGAUGUUCGUUGCUUUCGGCACGCAUGUCAUCCUCUCUCGUGAGAGGCUCAAGGACCUCAGAGCCGGUAUUGUCUCUGCUCUGAGAGCUGGCCAUAUUGAUGGUGUAGUAUGGGCAAUACGCGGCGCGAGUAAGACGGAAUUUGCUGCACUCAGAGACCGUGUCGUCUACACGAGUGCCAGUGGAAUCAAGAUCAAUCUCAGCAGUGAGGAGUUGCUUGAAAACAAGCAUCCUCAUCUGAUGUUCGUGGACUUCGCUCCUCAACGUGCUGUUCUGGCGCAUCCGUCUACGCGGCUCUUUUUCAGUCACGUAGGGCCCUCAUCCGCAAAUGAGAGUCUGUUCCACGGCGUUCCGAUGCUCAGCAUGGGUAUUUAUGGAGAUCAGCUCCCUCGAGUGCUGGCUCUUGACAAUACGGGCGUCGCACUUUCCGUAAGGAAGGAAACCUUUACACCUGGUGAAAUCGAGCAGAAAGUCGGCCGACUCAUGCGUGACGAGGACGGCACGUUUCGCCGCAAUGCGCUCCGGAUGGAAAGAAUUGCUGUUUUGGCUAGCCGCAGAAAGGUUCUAGCUGCAGAUCUCAUUGAGGAGUUCAUCGAGACACGUAUUCAGUCGCGAGACGGAUUCCUACGAUUCAUCGAGAGAUACCCUGAGCUGAGCAAAAGCGUCCCAAACAACCUUUACGCUGUGCCGUCUCAUGACUCCCUUCUCGACUACGGCACCUAUCGAGCCAUCAUGGCAUCAAGUGGGGUACACUUUACAGAAGGUUUACCAACCAGGGUCGAGCUUACCAACGUGUCUGGUGUCAUGUGUACAGCCGAAAGAGUGCUCCUACUCACCAAAGCUCGUGCUUACUUCGAGGCAGAGUUGAAACACGUGCUGCAACUGGGACAUCGAAUACGUCGUGUAGAAGACACGGGCGAUGCUGUCUUUCUCGAUGGCGAGCGUUUCGACUUCGCCAUCGAUGCAACAUGGGGACAUUACAGCAGGCCUGACAUCCCAGUUGUCUACGAGCCAACACUAUUACUUUACUAUGAAGGGCCACCUGACUUCCCUGCCAUCACGCUUGUCGAUGGCUCUCUCUGCUCAGUCUACCCGACCGAGGCUCCUGGUCUGUUCACCCUGUCCAGCGUUCCUCAUACACCCUUAGGCCAGUUCGCAACAGCAGAAGAGGCCCAAGCCGUUCGCGACGGCAUCUGUACUGAAACCAUCACUUCGAAGCGGCUACUCAUGGAGGAUCAAAUAACGAAAUACCUACCCUCAUUUCCCGACUUGUUCAGAUACGUCGGUCCACAACUUUCCAUCAAGACGAAGGCGGUAGGAGCUCAUGAUAAUCGCACAUGCACGGUCUCGCGAUUCGGCCGGAUGUUUUCUGUUAUGUCAGGAAAGAUUGACACGGUUUUCUUUGCUUCAGAGCGCAUUCUAUCUUUAAUUGAAGUCGUGCAGGCUGCAUCAGCGAGGGAAACGUUGUCCUCACUACGGGAUGACAUUAUCGUUGUGAACACUCGAACUCAUUUGAAUGACGCAGGUCAAGGAUCAUGGAAUGGCGAACUGUUCGGUAGCCAAUUGUAA